GAGUCCAAUUUGUCAACUAUUUGUAGGCGAAGAAGAUCGAUCUGCUGCCCCUUUGCUUGGUUGUCGAUAUUUAGAUGAGGAAAUGGGGAAAGCUUUAGUGAUUAUCUACAUCACAGCUGCUGUGCUCCUUCUAUUCCUCAUCUCUCACUCUCCUUCUCCUUCCAACAAACCUAAGCGUCAUCGCCGACUUAAAUUGCGCUCCAACUUCACUUUUGACUCACAUCCUACCCACCAUGAACAUAUUCCCUUUGACCCUUUAGUUGCUCAAAUCGAACGCCAACGUGAGGAUAAGGAAUGGGAGAAGCAGUAUAUUGACACCCAUCAUCAUCAAUUAAUACAUGAACAUGCUCCUGGUCAAGAAUCUCAGCCUGAAUGGGAAGACUUUAUGGAUGCUGAAGAUUAUCUCAAUGAUGAACACAAGUUCAAUGUAACUGAUAGACUUGUAUUAUUGUUUCCCAAGAUUGAUGUCCACCCAUCUGAUGGUUUCGUCACUGACCAUGAGUUGACUGACUGGAAUCUGGAGCAGACCCGGAAGGAGGUUUUGCAUAGGACUCAAAGAGAUAUGGAAGUUCAUGACAAAAAUCAUGAUGGUUUUGUCUCUUUCCAUGAGUAUGAGCCUCCCAGUUGGGUUCGGAAUUCAGAUAAUACUUCUUUUGGAUAUGAUAUGGGCUGGUGGAAAGAAGAUCACUUUAAUGCGUCAGAUAUAGAUGGAGAUGGGCUUCUAAACAUUACUGAGUUCAAUGACUUUCUACAUCCCGCCGAUACGAGCAACCCCAAACUACUUCACUGGCUCUGCAAGGAGGAAAUAAGGGAGAGAGAUAGUGACAAAGAUGGUAAGGUUAAUUUCAACGAGUUCUUUCAUGGGCUGUUUGACUUGGUAAGAAACUAUGACGAGGAGAGUCAUGAUACUUCUCAUCAUUCUGAGGAUUCACAAGAGUCUCCAGCCAGAAAGUUGUUUGCUGAGCUUGAUAAAGAUGGGGAUGGAUAUUUGUCAGAAGCUGAAUUGCUACCUAUAACUGGAAAGCUUCAUCCAUCAGAGCGUUACUAUGCCAAACAACAAGCAGAUUACAUCAUACAGCAGGCUGAUGCAGAUAAAGACGGAAGGCUUACUCUGAAAGAGAUGAUUGAUAGCCCGUAUGUUUUCUAUAGUGCAAUAUUCAACGAGGAUGAUGAAGACUAUGAAGACCAUGAUGAGUUCCGUUAGUUCAAGAUAGGAUGGUAACACGCCUCUCCUGCCCUCAGUUACUCGUGUAUGAUACUUUCCAGUUAGGUAGAUGUUUGAAAUUUUUAUGCUGGUCUCACCAAAAGAGAUAUGUGGUGUGACAUCAACGUUUUAUUUAUCAGAUAGUUUUCUUUGUAAUCAACCAUUAUUGACGACAUCAUGCUAAUGCAUUUGCAUAUUCAGGAUCUACCGUUGUUUCAUUGAGGAAUUUUAGUUGGACAAACUUGAUAAGCACACAAUUUGUUUUU